AUGCUCACUGAAGCCACUGUUCAAGCGGACGUUGGUCCGGGUAACGAAACUGGCAUUUAUUACAUUACCAUUUGUAAUUUGCCGUUUGGGACAACAUGGCAGAAGUUGAAAGACUGGAUACGGAGGGCAUGUGUGGUAGACCAUAUAGAAGUGUUCCAGAGCAGCACUUCUGGGUGGGUCAGAGUCAAAGGUUUCGAAAACUUUGAGAAGGCCUGGGGCCUUCUUAACGGCGGCAUUUUCAACGGACGCUCAAUUAUUGCGUCUGACAGAAACCGCAACCAUUCCAUCAAAAUCAGGGAAUUAGCCAUACCACGACAAGUUAAGCAAAUACAGACACAGCGGUAUCAGCCUGCUUAUCCAACUCAUCAUGCAUUUGCGGCACAAAUGGCUACGGCAGCCCUGUACUCUAUGCCUCCCGAGCAGUACUACAUGGCUGGCUACUCCCCAGCCAACGAUCCCAGAUUCGCCAGUCACUCUAUUCCACAAAGCUAUACUCAUCAGCCGCCGAUCGUAGCAACAAUAGCCGCGCCUGUAAGGCCAGCUACGUAUCAGGCUGUAGGCCCGGGCAGUUGCUAUGCCUAUGGCAUGAGAACAUCACCCAACACAGCUGCCUACGUCCCCCAACAUCAACAUGAAGGGAUGCAAACUGCUCAACCUUAUCCUUGUCUCGACGAACACUCAGAUUUUUACUCUGAGGGAGGUUUCUCCACUGGAGAGUCAUCCUAUAAGUCCGAAUACAUUGCGACGGAGCCACGUAAACUACAUGUGUCACCAUUCCCGCAACAAGCGGGUGCUGAUGAAGUCAAGGCAUGGAUCCGGCGCAAAGUCGACAAGACAAAGAUUUACUCCGUGGAGAUUCCAAAGAAUAGCAAUAGUAGGUACCUCAGGGGCUACGUUUUAGUCGCUUUUGACAGUGCCUCGGCUGCAAGCACGGCCAAACAACUACUUAACAAAGCACGCUUCCAAGGCCGAAGGGUGAUAGCGCGACCCGCUCGAGAAGGCGCUGUGACCGAACAACCAGGACUUUCGCACAAAGCAACCGCUAGGAGCGACCCGAAGUUGAGUAACAAGAAUAGCUCGACAGCACCUUACGAGAGGGAUGAAGAUAGCCGAAAGGAUGACAAACCCCUAAGACAAAAGAACAGGGAGGUCAGGUCGGCAAGCCCGGAGAAAAAGAGGACAAUAGAAAAAAGGUCGCCUCUCCCAAGUAAGAAGACAGCUGAAUCGCAAACAGACAAAAAAUCGCCAUCGAAUACCCCAUCCUCUAACAGGGAGCUUGGCAGGAAAGAUGAAGGACCAGUCAUUGUCGACGGAACGUGCCAUCUCCGCGGCAAGAAGUGA